AGGAGAAGCGGGGGCGUGGGGCCCGCUGUGCAGGAAGAUGGGGAGGCCGGCGUGAAACUCCCCAUCAGGCUGUGUGGUUGCUACCGGGAGCCUCAGGCUGUGCACAGGCCCGUGUGACCAGCACUGCGGGGCUGGGAGGAGACGCUCCUCUUCUCCCUGUUUGGGGAUUUUAGGAUGCGGGGAGCUAGUUAGGCAACACCUUCCAUGGAGAACAUUCUCCAGCCACUGGGGAUUCCGUUCUGCUUUGCCUACUGAGCAGAGAGGGGUGAGAACUGCCAGAGUGACCGGGAGGCUGGUGAGUGGCAGCCAGAAGUCUCUGCAGAGCGGGAGUCCUGGAGAUGUGAUUUGGUUUGCCCGUGAGCUGGCCUUGGAGAAUGGGGACCACAGCCCCAAGGCAGCCGCCUCCUGCGACGCCUGUGUUGUCCUCCAUGGAAUCUGUGGGUGUGGGCUUGGGAGGCCGUAAAUUACAGUUGGAGCAGAUGAGUCAUGCCCAGGAAGGAGGGCAGGUGUCCCCUCACCCAGCCGGGCUGCCGGCGGUGACUCACGCUGUAUCUCUGUUGCAGGGCGGUCCAGUGGAGCUGGGCCUCUCGGAAGGUGCUGUGGCGCUCCCGGGGGGACUCCGCGACACGUUCUCUGAGGUUCUGGCUCUCUCCCGGGCAAGCUCACAGGCUGCAGCCUCCCCUCAGGCACCAUGCCGGAGGCGCUCCUGCUCAGGUCGGCCAGCUCCUUCUUGAGGACCGAGUUCUUAAACAGACUGCCGCCGGGUGGGCCUGGCUGUGUUCACAAACUUAGUUUUGUUCGGAACCUGCAGUACCGACAAGGAGUGAGGCGGUGUGUGCGAAGCAGGGCCCUCCACCAACCCAGCUCACUGACUGAUGGGCAGCCGCUCUCCAAAGAGUCCCUGAACCAUGCUCUCGAGUUUUCCGUGCCAGAGAAGGUACCCAAGGCCCAGUGGGACACUCCAGAGGAGGCGCUGUGGACGACUCGGGCUGAUGGGCAGGUGCGCCUCCGCAUAGACCCCGGCUGCGCACAACCUCCCUACACCGUGCAUCGGAUGUUCUAUGAGGCCCUGGACAAGUACGGGGACCUCCGCGCUCUGGGCUUCAAGCGCCAGGACAAGUGGGAGCACAUCUCCUACUCCCAGUACUACCUGCUCUCCCGCAGAGCCGCCAAGGGCUUCCUGAAGCUCGGCCUGGAGCGGGCCCACAGCGUGGCCAUCCUCGGCUUCAACUCCCCGGACUGGUUCUUCUCGGCAGUGGGCACAGUAUUCGCAGGUGGCAUCGUCACUGGCAUCUACACCACCAGCUCCCCCGAGGCCUGCCAGUACAUCGCCCAUGACUGCCGCGCCAACGUCAUUGUGGUGGACACGCAGAAGCAGCUGGAAAAGAUCCUGAAGAUCUGGAAACAGUUGCCGCAUCUAAAGGCAGUCGUGAUAUACAAAGAAUCUCCUCCAAACAAGAUGAGCCACGUGUACACGAUGGAGGAAUUCAUGGAGCUGGGGAAUGAAGUGCCUGAGGAAGCCCUGGACGCCAUCAUCGACGCCCAGCAGCCCAACCAGUGCUGUGUGCUGGUCUACACGUCAGGCACCACUGGAAACCCCAAGGGUGUGAUGCUGAGUCAGGACAAUAUCACGUGGACGGCGCGGUACGGGAGCCAGGCCGGCGACAUCCAGCCAGCGGAAGUGCAGCAGGAGGUAGUGGUCAGCUACCUGCCCCUCAGCCACAUUGCUGCCCAGAUCUACGACCUGUGGACGGGCAUCCAGUGGGGGGCCCAGGUCUGCUUUGCCGAACCCGACGCCCUGAAGGGGAGCCUGGUAAACACGCUGCGGGAGGUGGAGCCCACGUCGCACAUGGGGGUGCCCCGGGUGUGGGAGAAGAUCAUGGAGCGCAUCCAGGAGGCAGCGGCUCAGUCUGGCUUCAUCCGGCGCAAGAUGCUGCUGUGGGCCAUGUCGGUGACCUUGGAGCAGAACCUCACCUGUGCUGGCAGCGACCUGAAGCCCUUCACCACCAGACUGGCAGAUUACCUGGUGCUGGCCAAGGUCCGCCAGGCACUGGGCUUUGCCAAGUGUCAGAAGAGCUUCUAUGGAGCGGCCCCCAUGACGGCAGAGACACAGCACUUCUUCCUGGGCCUCAACAUGCGCCUGUACGCGGGCUACGGCCUCAGUGAGACCUCAGGGCCCCACUUCAUGUCCAGCCCCUACAACUACCGGCUGUACAGCUCAGGCAAGGUGGUGCCCGGCUGUCGGGUGAAGCUGGUGAACCAGGAUGCAGAGGGCAUUGGCGAGAUCUGCCUGUGGGGCCGCACCGUCUUCAUGGGCUACCUGAACAUGGAGGACAAGACAUGUGAAGCCAUCGAUGAGGAAGGCUGGCUGCGCACGGGCGACGCUGGCCGCCUGGAUGCCGACGGCUUCCUCUAUAUCACUGGGCGCCUCAAAGAAUUAAUCAUCACAGCUGGUGGGGAGAACGUGCCCCCUUUGCCCAUCGAGGAGGCCGUGAAGACGGAGCUGCCCAUCAUCAGUAACGCCAUGCUGAUCGGGGACCAGAGAAAGUUCCUGUCCAUGCUGCUCACCUUGAAGUGCACUCUGGACCCAGAGACCUCUGACCCGACUGAUAAUCUGACCGAACAAGCUGUGGAGUUCUGCCAGCGGGUGGGCAGCAGAGCCACCACAGUGUCCGAGAUCGUGGGGAGGAAGGAUGAGGCCGUGUACCAGGCCAUCGAAGAGGGGAUCCGGAGGGUCAACAUGAACGCGGCGGCCCGGCCCUACCACAUCCAGAAGUGGGUGAUUCUCGAGAGAGACUUCUCCAUUUCGGGUGGAGAGCUGGGUCCCACAAUGAAGCUGAAACGGCUCACGGUUUUGGAGAAGUACAAAGAUAUCAUUGACUCCUUUUACCAAGAGCAAACAAUGUGAUCGAGGGGCCGUGCCUGCAGUUUCCACAGAACAGAGGGCAGGCCUUCCGAGCGUCUUCCUGAGCCCCAGGUCUCCUCAGUCUGGGCGCAGGCAUUUCUGGCAAGUCUGUUAGAUCUCCAGGUCAGGGCCCAGCACUAGCUCUACAUUUACCAGGUCUUAGGCCAGUAAUAGCUGACAAUUCCGAGAAGCUUCACACGUGUGGGUAGUUUUCAUUCCGAUUAAGUAUUGCUUUGUGCUCAGGUGACAGAUGAGAUCAGCUCUCCUUCCAGAACGAAAGGGCUGAUCACUUUUGGCCUUAGUUCCAGGUAGAUUAGCCAGCUGCUAGUUCUCAGACAAGACAGCCGGCAGCAGGCUGUGGAGCCGGUGGGCGGGAGACGGCGCCGCAGGGAAAGCAAUCACUUACAACUCACCUAGCGACCCGACUUCCUCUGGAAUCGCGGUGGGCGCUGCCCACCCUGUUACUCCGUUACCCGGCACUCCUCCGCCACACACGUGCCGACUAACUAGAUGCUUAAUAAAACUGCUGCUGCCUGUUUGACCCUAUUUAAUGUGUAAUUUGAAUAUUAAACCUUUUAACAGAACUGUCA